AUGAGGGAAGUCAAUUUCAGCAUCCCGAACGUCAACAAGGCGUCUGUUGGCAUAACGACAGCCCUAUAUGACCGCCGAGCACUCGACUGCACGUCCACCUUGCCGCUCAUCAACUCUCUCAAUCACCUUGCCUACCUGACCACCUCUUCAGCUCGUAUUCGCGACAUUUUAACUGUCGAUGGAGGUAUCGAGCGUCUCGUCUGCAUAUUGAAGCAAGGCCGGAGUAAGGACAUGAUGGGCAUGUGGAAAUGGAAUCUUGCUUUCCAGUGCGUGGUUAACAUCGGUGUCCGAGGAACCGAAAAUGUACGCACUCGCGUUGUUGAGGCAGACAUGGUGCCAGUCAUAGCCACCAUUCUCGACAAUUACAUCAAAAUCAUCGAAAAAUGUCGCGAAAAGGCGGAAGAAGCCAGCCAGAAACAGAUGCAUGAACACCACCACCGUCGUCACCGCGGACAGGAUAACCGUAACUCCUCGAAACCAGCAACUUCCUUUACCAACCGGUCUACCCGCCUUGACCCCGAUCAGAGGUCUGCUGUCCGACGCCACGGUCCUCCUCCCUCCAUCGACGUGUCUGCCAGCUAUGCCGGGCCGUCUACAAUCUCGGCCCAGUCUGGCGUUGAAGCCGCUACGGCAGUGUCGCGAGACACUGCUACAAUACCGGAGCGUGGUCCAACCGCUGUGGGUCGCCAUCGGUACGGUUUCCGAGCGAGCGAGAGUCGCCAUACGAAUACCCUUUCAAUUGGGCCAGCCCUACAGCCUCUGGCCGCACCGGCGUCAGUGGCGGAGAGUAUCAACGGGCUCGUGCGACCUGUCCGUGACUCUGAUCGUUUGGCAUCGAUGGCGUUGUUUGGCCUGGGUGGUAAUGGAUCUCAGCCGACUUCCCCUACUACACCACUUCCCCUAGCACAACUGCGCUCAACAACGGUGCGACCUAUAGCGCCAUCGACUGCAGCCGCUGCUGCUGCUGCUGUCGCGGCAACCGCCGCCCUAGACCCUUCAGAUCGCCUACGAAGGAGACCAUCUAUCAGACAUCAGGCGUCGACAUUGGAAACGGACGAUUUAAAUGCUGAUAGCAUGCCAUCUGAUGAAUCCCCCGACGCCGAUAUGGCCGGGACGACCGAAAUGCAGUCUACCGUCGGCAUCCAAGAUAUAUCUAUGGAGGACGGAGAAAGCAUACUAGCGGGCUCGUCACUAGAGUUGAAUACACCAACGGUGUCAGAAACCCACCAAGAUCCCAGCACUUUCAACAUCACACAUCGCAAUGCCAUCGACGGCAGUAUUGGAAACACGACCAAUGCACCACCAGUGCCGACAAUGGGAUUGUCCCCAGCCCGGCCGACCAUGGUCACACCACCGCAACAACCCACUGCCAACUCAACCGUGCCGAGAUAUCUCCAGGACCGGCACGUUGUUCCCACAGCGCAAAUGCUCGCUGUGAUGCCAAGAGAAGAGGAUGUAUUGAUGUCCCUACAACUUUUAGCCUACGUCUCCAAGUACUGUGGGCUUCGGUCAUACUUCCAGAAGAGUCAUUUAGUGCCCAAACUCUCCUUGGGUAUAAAUUUAGCAGCUCUUGAUGGGGAGGAGGAUGUAGCCGACACGGAUGAUACCGACGACUCCGACGAGGAAUAUCUACUUCCUAACGACUUCAACCUUUUUCCUCUUGUAGAGAAGUUUACUGUUCGAUAUCACAGUACUGACAUGCAAUAUUGGGCCGGGGUUGUUAUGCGAAAUCUCUGCCGCAAGGACGAUACUCGUGGCGGUAUUCGCCAGUGUGCCUACUAUCAGUGCGGGAAGUGGGAAGAGUACACAAGACAAUUUGCCAAGUGCCGCCGGUGUCGCCGUACCAAAUACUGCAGUAAGGAAUGUCAGAAAAGCGCAUGGGCCUUCCAUCGCCAUUGGUGCGUCGCCGCAUCGCAGUAG